AAGUGAUCCCUGAGGACCCUGUAGCGGCCGAGGACCCCGGCAGCAGGGCCAGGUUCAGGACCAUGAGCUGGAUUCCUUUCAAGAUUGGGCAGCCCAAGAAACAGAUUGUCCCUAAAACAGUGGAGAGAGAUUUUGAAAGGGAGUAUGGAAAACUCCAGCAGCUGGAGGAGCAGACCAGGAGGCUGCAGAAGGACAUGAAGAAGGGCACCGAUGCUGAUCUGGCCUUAUCCAAAUCUGCUGUGAAGAUAUCCUUGGACUUGCUCUCCAAUCCCCUCUGCGAGCAAGACCAGGACUUCCUGAACAUGGUGACAGCCCUGGACACAGCCAUGAAGCGGAUGGACGCCUUCAACCAGGAGAAGGUGAACCAGAUCCAAAAGACCGUGAUUGAACCCUUAAAAAAGUUUAGCAGUGUCUUCCCGAGCCUCAACAUGGCGGUGAAGCGGCGGGAGCAGGCCUUGCAGGACUACAGAAGAUUGCAGGCCAAGGUGGAGAAGUACGAGGAGAAGGAGAAGACGGGGCCAGUGCUGGCCAAACUCCACCAGGCCCGAGAAGAGCUUCGGCCUGUGCGGGACGACUUUGAGGCCAAGAACAAGCAGCUCCUGGAUGAGAUGCCGCGGUUCUACAACAGCCGCCUGGACUACUUCCAGCCCAGCUUUGAGUCCCUGAUCCGAGCGCAGGUUGGGUACUACUCUGAAAUGCAGAAGAUCUUCGGAGACCUGACCCAGCAGCUCGACCAGCCUGGCCACACUGAUGAGCAGCGGGAGAGGGAGAAUGAGGCCAGACUGAGUGAGCUCAGAGCCCUCUCCAUUGUGGCUGAUGACUGAGUCCCCGCCACCGUUUCAGACUC